GGCGUGUCUUCAAGGUCAUUCUGUCUAUCUGAUGACCUUGCACGUUUAAAAUUUGGAAGAGAAGUCGGGAUUUGUUUUCUCCAGUUUAAACACUAAUUAAACACCAUGUCGAGUCAGGGGAGCGGUAUCGAUGUAGAUUGUAUGACUCUGACCCGUUUUGUGUUAGCUGAACAACGAAAACAUCCAGAAGCAACCGGGGAUUUGACUCAAUUGAUCACCGCAAUUUGUACAGCAGUCAAGGCGACCUCAUCAGCUGUUAGAAAAGCAGGAAUAGCAAAGUUAUAUGGCAUCGCUGGAACGACUAACACCACAGGAGAUGAGCAGAAAAAGUUGGACGUUUUGGCAAAUGACUUGUUCAUCAAUAUGUUGAAGUCUUCUUUCACGACAUGCUUGCUUGUCUCGGAGGAAAAUGAAAAUUGCAUUGAGGUUGAAACAGAGAAACAGGGGAAAUACAUUGUGAUGUUUGACCCAUUAGAUGGAUCUUCAAAUAUUGACUGCCUUGUUUCCAUAGGAACAAUAUUUGGAAUUUAUAGAAAAACAUCAGAUGGGCCUCCCUCACUGAAAGAUGCCCUACAGCCAGGAAUUGAAACAGUAGCUGCAGGAUAUGCACUUUAUGGUAGUGCUACCAUGAUUGUCCUUGCUGCAGGAGGUAGCACUGUUAACGGCUUUAUGUUAGAUCCAGCAAUUGGUGAGUUUGUCCUCUCUGAGCCAAAUAUCCGUAUAAAGCCAAGAGGCAAGAUCUAUUCCCUCAAUGAGGGAUAUGCUGCAAUAUGGGAUGAGGCAACUAGGGAGUAUAUCAAUAGCAAAAAGGACCCCAAGUGUGGCAAACCCUAUGGUGCAAGGUACAUUGGUUCAAUGGUGGCUGAUGUACAUAGAACUCUGGUGUAUGGAGGAAUAUUUGCAUACCCAGCAACCUCAGCCAAUCCUAAAGGAAAAUUGAGGCUCCUGUAUGAAUGCAAUCCAAUGGCUUACGUCAUAGAAAAGGCGGGAGGAAUGGCCACGACUGGUACUCAACGAAUUCUCGAUAUCGUUCCUGAAUCAAUCCACCAGAGGUCGCCUAUAUUCAUGGGAUCAAAGGAAGACGUACAAGAUGUCAUAGACAUGUAUAAAAAACACGGAAAAAGCUGAAGGAUCGGACUUACGUAGUCAUUAUUACUCUUGUAGCAAAAUUUAGAAUUUUAUUGAAAACUCUUUAAUUGAUGAUUCAGAUUGAUAUGAGUAUCAAGUAUUUACCCAAGAAUGGAGUGUUCAUUCAGAAAUCU